GGACAGUUGAAAGGCAGCGACCCAGCCGAGGGCAGAUCCUGCUGAAUGUUCUUUUCUAGACAAACGCGUCCUUACCAGAGGCUGACUGUGGGAGAAAAGCCACUCUGAAUGAAGAAACAUCUUAUCUUCCAGUUCACAUACAGAGGACUUCUCACGAAAGGAAAAAAGAGUAAAAGAAGAAAAUGGUGUUUAAAUUACGAAAAGCUGAACCCAAGGACGUCCCCGAUAUAUUACGAUUGGUGAAGGAACUUGCAAAAUAUGAAGCGAUGGAGCACCAGGUCAUGCUGACUGAAAAAGAUCUCCUUGAGGAUGGAUUCGGUGACACCCCUUUUUACCAUUGCAUCAUCGCUGAAAUCCAAGAAGAGAGCAGCAGUGACGAUCUGAACGUGGUGGGUUUUGCCAUGUACUACUUCACUUACGACCCCUGGGUUGGCAAACAGCUCUACCUGGAGGACUUCUAUGUGAUGGACAAGUACAGAGGCCUGGGAAUGGGUUCGGAGAUCCUGCGACACCUCAGUGAUCUGGCGGUGAAGACACGCUGCACCGGCAUGAUGUUCGUGGUGGCGGAGAACAAUGAACCGUCUGUUCAGUUCUACAAGCGGCGCGGGGCUGAGGACCUGUCUCAGGAGGAGGGCUGGAGGCUCUUCAGGUUCGACAAGGACAGCCUCGUCAAGAUGGCCACUCACUCUGAGGAAUGACUAGAGGUUCAGCAAAGCACAGCAGAGAACCCAAGAGUCCGACCAGACUGCUCAGCUGUUCUGCAUUCAGAUGAAGGCUGAUCGCUUAAAGUUCAGCUUCUAAACGGAGAAAUGUGUAUUACAGUAAUAUGAUUCUGCAUGUUAAUCACACUCAACUAUUGUGUCACUCUAAGUGAUGUUUAUCUUAUCUUUUAUUAACUAGUAUUUUUAGCACAAGAGGAAUAAAAAUUUUCAUGGUCUCCUA